UUCAUUUAUAACAAAACAAAACAAAGCAAACAACAACAACAACAACUCGAAAUACAAGUGCAGCAGCUGCAUGGCGUCUCAAAAGCGCGCAAGCUAAAUGUUGUUGCUGUUUUAUUGACAGCAACAACAAUAGCAACAACAACAGCAACAACAUUAAUAAUAAUAAUAAUAAUAAUAAUAAUAAUAAUAAUAAUAAUAACAACAAUAAGAAACGAGUAAACAGAAACAAUUGCUCAUGUUGUGAAUAUGUUGCAGUGCAAUGUUGUUGCAUGCGAGCAGCUCAGUGAUAAAACCAACAACAACAGCAACAGCAACAACAGCAACAGCAGCAACAACAGCAACAACAACAACGGCAGUAGCAACAUUACAUAUAAACCAGUAGAAGCAGCAACAACAGCAACAACAACUUCUGGGCGGAACAACAAGUGUUUAAGCCAAAAGAGUUCGGCAUGAAAUGGAAGCAGCUAUACGCUCCUCUUCAGUGCAGGUCGGUGCUCCGCCGCCCACAAACAACGCCCCAAACGGUGGACAACAGCAGCAGCAGCAGCAUCAGCAACAUCAGCAGCAUCAACAACACCAACAGCAGCAACAGCAGCAACAACAGCAGCAUCAACAGCAGCAGCAGCAAUUGCAACAUCAGCAACAACUUCAUCACCAUCACCAUCAUCAUCAGCAGCAGCAGCAGCAGCAGCAACAGCAGCAACAACAGCAACAUCAGCAACAGCAACGUAUUGCCAGCAAUCAGCAGCAACACAACGCAGCAGCAGGCAACGCUGCUGCGUCGCAUCAAGUGCAUGAUAAUGGACCAACGUCCCAUCAUCUACAUCAUCAUCAGCAGCAACAGCAACAGCAACAGCAGCAGCAGCAGCAGGCAGCAGCAACUAAUCAACAGCAGCAGCAGCAAAAUAAAGCAGCGCAACAGCAACAGCAGCAGCAGCAGCAGAAGCAGCAGCAACAAGUUGCCAAUAUGUCGUAUCCGCAGCGCAUCUCGAGUGGCACACAAAUUCAAAGGUCGUACAGGACAAUGGAGCAGCAGCCGUAUGUCAAGAGCCUCGGACACUUGCAAUCCCAUCAGCAGCAGCAGCAUCAGCAACAGCAGCAACAACAACAGCAGCAGCAACAGCAGCAACAGCAGCAAAUGCAUCACCACCACCACCAGCAGCAGCAGCAUCAACAGCAUCAGCAACAACAGCAUCAGCAACAACAGCAGCAGCAACAGCAGCAGCAACAGCAGCAGCAGCAGCAGCAGCAACAACAGCAGCAGCAGCAGCAGCAGUCGUCGAGGUCGGCAGCUAGUCCGCUGUCGCCUCCGCGUCCUGGACCGGGCAGCGCGGCGGCCGCAGCUGCGGCGAAUAGCUACGCCAAGUUUGCGGAUGCGCCGCAACAUUUUAUACAGCCACCGGCGUACAGCAUUGGGAUUGCGCCGGUGGCCAACUAUCAUCGGGAGAGUCCAUAUAUGCGGAUACCUCAGCUGCAGGCGUCGGUGCCGGAGUUUCAGCGGGCGGCGCGUGCAGCGACGGUGGCCGCCGCCGCUGCUGCCGUUGGCAGUGGCAAAGGCGGCCCGGGCAGCAGCAGCGGCGGCGGCGGCAGCAGCAUUGGCGUCGUCGCCUCAACCGCCGGCCCAGGCAGUAGCAGCGGCGGCGGCGGCGUCCUCCAAGUGGCCGGCAGCAUGGCCCCGCCAGGCGCCCAGCCCGGCGGCGUUCUCGUCAUGGAGGCCAUGUCGCAUUACCAGUCGCUGCAUUACAACAACGAAUACCUGACCAAUGCCGCAGCCUUGGCAGCGGCUGGACAGCGCCAGCAGCAACAGCAGCAACAGCAGCAGCAGCAGCAACAACAGCAGCAACAUCCGUCGCUGUCUGAGCCGCCGGGCAGCGUGGGUCAGCCCUAUAAGAAGCAGCGCCUGAGCGACGCCAAUGUCAGCAACAUGAAUCACCUGCCACACCAGCAACAGCAGCAGCAGCAGCCGCAGCAACAGCAGCAGCAACGCUCCUCGCCAGCUCAGCAACACAACAGUAGGCAGAGCAAUCAUGAGGCGGAGCAGUCGCGGCGCGUGUUGCACAUGCCCGCUGGCUCAGUGCUGACGCCGCUGGCCAUGCAGCAGCUCAAGAUGGAAACGCUGCCACAGCUGCAGCAGCAGCUGCAACAGCUGACGUCGCAGGUGCAUGCGGCACGUGGCAUGGUGCCGCCGCCAACUGUGUCAGCAUCCAAUGCGCAGCUGAUCAGCUUCUCCACCAGCAGCAGCAACAGCAGCAGCAGCAACAACAACAACAACAGCAGCAGCAGCAGCAGCAACAGCAGCGCCCAAGCUUCAGUAGCAGCAGCUGCAGCAGUGGCGGCAGCAGCCGCAGCAAGUAGCACAGAAGCAUACCAUCCACAGGUGGAGGCCAUUUCACCAACGCUGCCCAGCGACAAUGCAGAGGAGCGUGGACGCAGCAGCAGCACAGGCGGCGCCAGCAGCAGCAGCAACAUUAACAGCAGCAGCAGCAGCAGCAGCAACAAUGCCAAUAAUAACAGCGGCAGCAGCAGCGGCGGCGGUAACAGCAGCAACAGCAGCAGCAGCAACAGCGCCAAGGAGGAUCUGCUAUUGCAAAUCCAGCGCGUUGACAAUGAAAUCGAGUAUGCCGAAACGGCAAUGGUAACGCUGCGCAAGAAGGAGAAGACGCUGCUGGACGAGGCGGCGGCGGCGGCGGCGACGGUUAAGCAGCAGAAGGCGGCCGCCGAGCAGGCGGCAGCUGAGAGCGGCAAUGAGCGGUAUAUGGAGCUGGGCUGGCGCACGCAGCUGCUGGCCCAGCGCGUAUACGAGGCGAACCGCAAGACGGCCGCCGCACAACAUUCCGCGGUGAGCGAGGCGGGCGGCGUGAAGAGCAUGACACGCCCCUGGCUGCCGCUGUACAAUCAGCCGCUGGACGUGGAGGCGCUGUCGCAGCUGAUCAAACGGCAUCAGACACUGGUGCGGGCGCCGCUGCUCGUGCACAUACGCAAGAUGAAGGCCGACCGCUGGGAGUACAACCAGGGCCUGGUGGAGAAGUAUGCCAAGGAUCAGGCCGACUGGCAGCGCCGCUGCGAACGGGCCGAGGGCAGCGCGAAGCGCAAGGCGCGCGAGGCCAAGAAUCGCGAGUUCUUCGAGAAGGUGUUCACGGAGCUGCGCAAGCAGCGCGAGGACAAGGAGCGCUUCAAUCGUGUCGGCUCGCGCAUCAAGUCCGAGGCGGACCUCGAGGAGAUCAUGGACGGGCUGCAGGAGCAGGCGUUGGAGGACAAAAAGAUGCGCUCCUAUGCCGUGAUACCGCCCCUGAUGCACGAUGCCCGGCAGCGUCGCUGCGCCUACCACAACGAGAACGGGCGCAUCGAGAACAUGAUUGUCGUCCAUGAGGAGCGCAAGGCACUCAAUCUGUGGACGGCCGGCGAGAAGGAGACGUUCAAGGAGAAGUAUCUGCAGCAUCCGAAGAACUUUGGCAUGAUCGCCGCCAGCCUGGAUCGCAAGUCGCCGCAGGAUUGCGUACGCUAUUACUACCUCAGCAAGAAGACGGAGAACUAUAAGCAGCUGCUGCGCAAAUCCCGCCAACGCACACGCAGCAGCCGGAAUCCGGCCAAGGCGCAGGCCCAGCUGCCGCAGUGCAUCAUCGAUUCGCUGACCACGGGCGUCACGACGCGCCUGCAACGCGAACAGCAACAAAAGUCCGGUAAUCGCUCCAGCGCCGUGGCGGAACGCGAACGGGCCGAGCGUGCCGCCGAACGGGAACGCGUCGCCGAGAAGGCAGCCGCUGAUGCCGCCAAGGCGGCCGAGUGUGCCGCCGAGAAGGCGAGCGCCGUUAGCAAAGCUGCCGAAGCGGCGGCGGGCAGCGAAAAGGUGGCCAAAAAUGCAGCAGCCGCCGCAGCAGCAGCAGCAGCGACGGCAGCGUCAGCGUCAGCAGCAACAGCAACAACUGCGGACAAAGCGGAUGCGGGCAAGACGCCAGCUGGAGCGAAUAAGAAUGCAACAGCUGCAGCAGCAGCAGCUAAAACGGAGAUCUCAACGGGCAGCAGCAGCGACGCCAAAGCCAAAACCGCUGAGGAGGAAGCGCCAGCAACAGCAACAGCAGCAGGAGCAGCAGCAGCAGCAACAGGAGCAACAGCAGCAGCAGCAGCAGCAGCAACAGGAGCAACGGCAACAAGUGCGUCGGCGAAUGUUGCUGGCGAGGCAGCUGCAGCAGCUGCUGCUGGUGCGACUGUUGCGAUUGCUGCUGCGUCCAAGGCAUCCAAGUCCCAGCCAGGCGAUGGCAAGGCAGUGAAGGCAGCGGAGCAGCCGGUCGAGACGGAUGAGCAGCUGGCCGGCAAGAGCAAAGCAACGGCUGCCGAUGGCUACAGUGCAACUGGUGCAACAUCUGGCAAUGCGACGGCAACGGCAACGGCGACGCCAGCGGUUAGCGUGGCCAUCAAUGGCUUUAAGCCUGGCUAUCAGAGCGUCGUCAUGGCCAACGUGAAGGCGUCCGCGCCCCCCGCUGGCAUCGAUGAUGCUGCAACGGGCGCUGCUGCAACGGCAGCCGCUGCAACCUCGACAAAUGCAACUGGCGAUAAAAUCGUAAAGACGACGUCGACUGCAGCGACAGCAGCAGCAGCAGCAUCGGCAGCAGCAGCAUCGGCAGCAUCAGCAUCAGCGGCUGCUGCUGGCUUUGCUGUGCCCAAUGCGGCAGCUGGAGCCACGGAGCCGGUGAGCGGCGUGCCAACGCUUACCACGGCCACCACGGCCGGCAACUAUUUGGGCCAGAAGCUGAAGGCGGCCCAAGUGGAGGGACUUGGUGCCGGCAAUGAGCUGCAUGCGGACGUUAGCGAUGCCAAGAAGAAACGCUUUGAGCUGGCGCCUGGCGAGUCCAACGUUAACAACAAUAAUAACAACAACAACAACAACAACAACAAUAACAGUAGCAACAACAACAACAGCAACAUCAAACUGAACGCCAGCGAUGCGUCCAAUCAAAUCUCGUCCAUUGGCAAAGGCGCCGGCUCCGGCUUGGCGCCCGCCUCCUCGUCCUCAUCCUCGUCGUCGUCGACCUCAUCGACGAUGUUCAUUAGCGCCGCAUCGCUGAUAUCGACAGCAUCGUCGCCGUUGACGACGGCAACGGGAACCGCAACCGGAACCGGAACUGGAACUGGAGCCGGAACGAGGCCAGCGACAACGUCAACAUCUACGCCAAUGGUCACAGAUCGAGCGGGCAAUUUGUUGAACACCUCCGAGGCUCUGGCAUUGGAUGCCAAAGAUAAACUGGCAAGCUGUUUUGUUUGCAAGACGGAGGCCUGCCUGCGCACUCGCCCAUUGAAGAAGGGGCGUGGCCAGCAAUAUGCAAUCCCAGACGAAACGAUACCAGCGGGCGCACGCGUCUGCAACAGCUGCCAAUGCAAAUCGGUGCGCAAUCGCUAUCCCAACUGUCCGCUGCCCACGUGCCCCAAUCCCAAGGAUCGGGCGCAGCGCCUGCGGAACAUACCCACACGGCUGUUCGAGCUGGCGCCGGAGCUGCGUGACCCGCUGAUGGCCGAGUUCCAGAUCAAGCUGCAUGCCACACGCUGCUGUUCCGCCUGCCUGAUGCGCAUACGGCGCAAGCUCGAUCCGCUCCUGAAUCUCACCGAUGAGGAGCGACGUCGCGGCGGCGUUGGCAGCGGCGAUGCCAGCGCUGGCGAUGAGACCGAUGUGAGCACUUCGUCCUGUGAUGAGCGCGAGCCAGGCGGCUCGGACACCGCCUCCGUGGAGAGUCCCGAGUAUCUGCAGCGGCACAAGUCGCAGCUGAACAAGCAGCAGCAGCAGCAACAACAACAGCAACAGCAACAACAGCAGCAGCAACAGCAGCAACAACAACAGCAACAACAGCAGCAGCAGCAGCAACAGCAGCAGCAGUUGCCACCGCAACAGCAGCAGCUGCCACAGCCGCCGCCAGUACCACAAAAGCCGCAACAGCAACAACAACAACAACAACAACCAGCAGGAGCUGCCAAUGUGCGCAGCGUAGCAGACGCAUCCGGCGCCGCUUUAACCAUUACGCCCACUCGCAUGUCCGCCAAGGCAGCCGCAGCAGCAGCAGCAGCUGUUGGUGGCAACGACAGCGAACGCCUGCUGCCGCCAGCAUGCCAAGCGCCGAAGAAGCAGAAGACCAGCGAGGAGUACGACUCUUCGGCGACAGAGACGGCGGACGAGGAGAAUGAGAAUUCGCCAGCGAAUCGACAGAGUCCCAAAGUGAUCUUCAAUGCGGUCUCGCAUGCGCAUGCCCAUCCAGCCCAUGGGCAUGGCCACGGGCACGGCAAUAACAAUGUGGCCGGGCUGCAGCCGCCGAAUGCCGCAUCAGCAGCAGCUGUUGCUCUCACUGCACAGCAACAACAGCAGCAGCAGCAGCAGCAGCAGCCGAAUGGACCGAUGAGCCAGCGUCGCGAGCCAGUCAAUGUGCAGGAUUGUGUAUUCUCUGUAAUUGAGCGACAGCUGAAGCAACAGGCCAAGGGGCCGCAGCUGCCAGGCAACAAUCAGGGCAAGCAAGUCAGCCAGCAGCAGCAGCAGCAACAGCAACAGCAGCAGCAGCAGCAACAGCAGCAGCAGGCGCACAAUAAUUUGGAUCGCAAGGAACUGACAAUAGUGCGUGAAUAUCGACAAGAUGGCAAUGCCUUGCUUAAGCAACAGCAACAACAGCAGCAGCAGCAGCAACAGCAGCAGCAACAAUUGCAGCAGCAGCAGCAGCAGCAACAGCCAGCGGGCUUGCCGCAUGGCACCUCUGUGCAAAAGUUGAGCUCGCGUCCUGGGCCGCCGUCGAACUCGGUGAAUAGCAGUGGCAGCAGCAGCGGCAACAGCAGCAGCAACAACAAUGCCAGCAGCAACAACAGCAACAGCAACAACAGCAGCGACAACUUGGCCACUCUGUCUGUAGUCAACUCGCAUCUCGCCCCGCAUCAUGUGCACAUGUCACAUCCACUGCUGCAGCAGCAACAGCAACAGCAACAGCAACAACAGCAGCAGCAGCAGCAGCAACAGUUGUCGAGCGGCGUGGACAAGGCCACGAUUACGCCGGUGUUGAAAAAGAGCGCCAUUACGCCGACGCCCCCCGACACGAUCAUCUACAAUGUGUCUGGCAGCCACUUGGCCGCCCAGCACCAGCAGCAGCCACCGGCGCAGUCGGCACCGCCGCCCACGCAUACGGUGCACGCGCCACCGGUGCAGCAGCGCUUGCCGCCGGAGCCGGAGCCGCAGACGCUGGACCUGAGCAUCAAGAAGACACCGCGCGAGGGCCACUCGCCGCACACGCAUCCGCAUGCGCACAGCUCGGUGGCGAGCUCUGUGGAGCGGCACCAUGGCCCGCCGCCGCCAAGCAUGGGCGGUGCGAUGAAGCAUAUUGUGCGCACCUCGUCCAUGUACCGGGGCGAUGCCUCGAUGCCCAGUUUGUCGGUGUCGGGUGCUCCGCCGCCCGCCUCCAGCUAUUUGACCUACCAGCAGCUGCACGGCGUGGGCGUGGGUGUGGGCGUGGUGAAGACAGCGCCUGGACCGGCACAGCCGGGCUCGCUGUAUGUCCAACCCGUACCUGUACCCAUUGGCCAAGGCCAGAUGACGCGCCCAACGCCGCCGCCGCCCGCCCAGCCGCAGCCACCGCCGACGCGCGUCUCCAAGCUGCCGCCCAAGCUCAGUCCGCAGCAGCAGCAGCAGCACUUGCACAGCCAGAUGCCAUCGCCGCAGCAACAGCAGCAGUCGAGUGCCCAACAACAGCAGCAGCAGCAACAGUUGCAGCUAGUCAAAGGCGGCUCCAUAACCCACGGCACGCCCGCCAACACCUCGCAGCAGCAGCAACAGCAACAACAGCAGCAGCAGCAGCAGCAACAGCAGCAAAUCAUUGUCCAUGCCGCGCCCUCGUCGCUGCCCAGUCCCAAGUACGAGAGCCUGGUGCGUCAGACGCCGCCUGGCAGCUGCCCGGAUACGGGCAAGCAUGGCUCGAUUACGCAGGGCACGCCCCUCCAUCUGCCGCCCCACCACUUGGACAGCAAGCGGGCGUACGACUUCUACAAGAGCUCGCAGCGCUUGAGUCCCGCCCAGGCGCCGCCGCCGCCGCAGCAGUCGUCGCCACAGGCGCCGCCGCCUCAGGGCUACGGCGUGGGCGUUACCGUCGGAUCGCCCUACUCGCGCUCGCCGUACAGCGCGGUCGAGCAGGCCUCGGCGCUCAGCUCGAGGCAGAUCGUGAUCAACGACUACCACACGUCGCAGCAGAUGCAGGGCCAGCAGCAGCGCAAUGUCUCCCGCGGCAGCAGCAGCGCCGGCGGUGGCGCCGGCUCCGGCUCCGACAAGGAGUCGCCAUCGCCACGCAACAGCAUCAGCGGCAGCUCAGCUGUCUAUCCGGGCUAUGAGAAGGAGCCGCAGCCUCGCGGACGACCCGAAUAUUCCAGUCGCGCCUCACCGGCCGAUCAUUCCAAUAGCACACCCAGUCCGCACCGCACUCCGCCGCCCCAGCGCCAGGGCGUCAUUCAGCGCCACAACACCGGCUCGAAGCCGCCUUCGCCUGCUGCGCCGCCCCCGAGUCGCAUGCACAUUGUCACGCCCUACAAUUUUCCACCAGCUGGCCACGAUGCCUUGGCCUCGUUUGUGGACGUGGCCGUACAGCAGCCGCAGCUGCCGGUGCCGUCGCAGAAGGAUGACAAAUUGGCAGUGCCGCAACCGGCGCCACAGCCACAGCCGCCGCCAUCGACGCACGGCCAGAUAAUAACGCAUGCGCAAGUUGCUUCCGGCCAGGCGGUGCCGCCAGCUGCACACCAUGAUCUGCGCUACCGCACCGACUCCCUGGCGAGCUAUCAUAUGGCAGCCGCGGUGCAGCAGCAGCUGGUCCAGCAGCAGUACAGGCACCUGAACACGGCCGCCGCCUACGAGAUGCAGCGCCGCAUGGAGCAGGUGAAGCGAGACCAGCGCCAGAUCAACCACAUUGAGCGGGAGCGCGAGAUACAGCGGCAGCGCGACCAAGAGCGACAGCGACGCGAGCAGGAGCGCCGCGAACAGGAGCGUGCAGCCGAGGAGCGAGAGCGGGACAGCCGGCGCAUGGAGCGCAUGCUGGCCGCUGCCGUUGCGCCACCGCCUGGCCAUCCGCAUGGCCACGCCCACAGUAGCCACAGCCACUACAUACGUGGCACGGUGCCCGAGACCGGGCCACCGCGCACCAUUCCUGAUCGAGAGCGAGAUGCCUACUACCGACAGGCACACGGCAGUAAGCCGCCGGAGGAUGCCGGGCAGUUCAGCGCCCAGGCCCUGAUUGAUGCCAUCAUCAAGCACGAGAUCAAUCGCACUGGCGAGCUCAGCAGCCUGCCCCGCGACAUACCGCGUCCCACCUACUAUCAGCGCGACUUGCGGCCGUCACAUGAGGGCGCUGCCGUCUCGCUCAUGGCCGCCGAGAACAAUGGCAAGGCGAACUCCAGUUCGCCCAAUGUCAACAGCAUCGAUCUGGAGCAGGAGCAACGUCCAUCACAACAGCAACAGCAGCAGCAGCAGCAGCAACAACAGCAGCAACAACAGCAGCAACAGCAACAGCAGCAGCAACAGCAGCAGCAGCAGCAACAGCAGCAGCAUCAGCAGCAGCAGCAGCAGCAGCAGCAGCAAUCGCAGUCCAGCUCGGAGCGCUCUGUGCACGGCUCGCUGCGUGGCCAGGGGGCGCCGCCCUCGCAUCAUGGCACGCCCAUUUCGCAGGCGGGCAGCGGUCCGACGGCACAGCAGCAGAUCUACACGAAGAAAAUCACGUUCGGCGAGCUGACUGACUCGAUAAUUACGAACGAUUACGGGCCGACUCCGCACAUGCGCACCUUCCUGCCUUAUCUGCCGGAGACGCAGGCCAUCGUGACGCCCGAUCGCUGGAAGCAGAAUCGCCGGCAGCAGCAGAAAGCCGAGGAGGCAGCCGCUGCGGCGGCGGCCGUCGAGCGGGCCAAGCAGUCGCCGAUCAAUGUCGUUGGCGGCGGCGUUGGCAGCGUGCGCAGCGUUGGCGGCAGCAGCAGCGACGGCGGCAGCAGCAGCAGCAGCAGCGGCAUCGGCAGCAACAGCAGCGCCAGCAGCGGCGGUCGCGCCAAUACGCCUGGCGAGGAUGCGCGCAACAUCAUUCGCAUGCCCCAGGCGAUCAGUCCGCGCAAGUACGCCCACGAUCUGAUCAUGCAGCAGGCCGCCGUUGCUGUUGGCGCCGAUCCGGCGCACUACUUCCUCUCUGCACCGCCCAGCGCUGUGGUCGGGCGCAGCAGUGGAGGCGGUGGUGUUGUUGUCCCGCCACCUCCAACGAGUGGCGGUGGCGGCGGCGGCGGCGAGCCACGCAGCAUUAGCGAACCGCGCGGCGGCAGCGAACAACGCAGCGGCAGCGGCGGCGGAGGCAGCGGCUCGGGCGCCAACUUCGACAACUAUGUGAAGAAUCGCAUUGUGGAGGCAAUGCGUGAUGAUUCCGGCUACGUCCAGGUGCCGCACAUGACACACGCCCAUGCCGUCGCCGUGGCGGCCCACAAUGAACAACAGCAGCAGCAGCAACAGCAACAACAGCAGCAGCAGCAACAGCAGCAUAGGAGCAAGGAGCCAGAGAUCAGCGUCUCAAGGAAGACACCCAACCAGUACGAGGUGGUGGACAGCGGCAGGCGCUCGGCCAGCAGCUCGAGCGGUGGCUCGAACAGCCAUCAUGCGUCCGCCUAUCAUGCGGCACCGCCGCCACCGCCGUCGGCGGUGAAUGCGUUUGCGGCGAGCACCUAUGCGUAUCCCUUCAGUGCGCUGACUGUGCCGAGCGCUGCUGGGGCUCUGCCGCCGCCGACGGUGCUGCCGCUGGCCCAUCAGUCAGCACCGCCGAGCCAUUUGAACGUCAAGGCAGCGGCACAUGCGCUGAGCGAAGCGAGCGCCGCAGCAGCAGCGGGCGUCAGUCUGGUCGUUGGAGGUGGCGGCAGCGCCAGCGGCGGCUGCUCAAAUGCCGGCGUGAACCCCGCCUCUAGCGUCGGCGGCGGCGGUGGCAGCGGUGGUCCGCUGAACGCCAGCGUGUUAGCCGUCGCUGCGGCUGCCGCAGCAGCAGCAGCUGCUGCCAGCGAGCCAAAGCCUCUGCUCUCAUCGAAGUACGAAGCGCUCAGCGACGAAGAUUAG